CAUCAUUACGCACCACCAGACCGACCACUGAGACAAUCCUCUAAAGGGAUAAACGCAUAUACAGAGAUAUAUUUAUACACGCCAGCUGUUUCUUUGCGCCACCGCGUUUGAUGGAUACGGGCUGUUUCACUGCGGCGCAGCGCAUUUCGUGCCACGCCAUGAAUGCGGAUUUAUUUAAGCCCGCUACUCCGGAGCGCGGACCCCAGCAGUCCGCCGCCCCGGUGAAAACCAGCAGGCAUAAAGCCGAACAAGCCAAACCGGAGCUGGCUCAGGUGGUGACGGACUCCAAGACGGGACGAUCCUACAGCAAGGGGAAGCUCCUGGGGAAGGGUGGCUUCGCUCGAUGCUAUGAGAUGACGGACCUCUCCAGCAACAAAAUGUAUGCCGUUAAGGUGAUUCCCCAGAGUCGAGUGUCCAAACCCCACCAACGGGACAAGAUCACCAACGAGAUCGAGCUCCACAAAACCCUGUCGCACAAGCAUGUGGUGAAAUUCUCCCAUCACUUCGAAGACCAGGAAAACAUCUACAUCUUCCUCGAGCUCUGCAGUCGGAAGUCCCUGGCGCACAUUUGGAAGGCGCGACACACACUCACGGAGCCAGAAGUGCGAUAUUACCUGCGACAGAUCAUAUCCGGCCUCAAGUACAUCCACAGCAGAGGGAUCCUGCACCGAGACCUCAAGCUGGGCAACUUCUUUGUCAACGAGAACAUGGAGCUGCGGCUGGGAGACUUCGGCCUCGCCGCCAAGCUGGAGACGGUCGAGCUGAGGAAAAAAACAAUCUGCGGGACUCCCAACUAUUUGGCCCCCGAGGUGCUCAACAGACAGGGCCACGGCACAGAGUCGGACGUUUGGUCCCUCGGAUGUGUCAUGUACACGCUGAUGUGCGGCAACCCUCCCUUUGAGACUCUGGACCUGAAGGAGACCUACAAGUGUAUAAAGGAUGUUCGGUACAACUUGCCGUCCUCGCUCUCCCCCGCCGCACAGAAACUCAUCUCCAGCAUUCUGCAGAAAAACCCCAGCGACAGACUUGCACUGGAUCAAAUCCUCAACCACGAAUUCUUCACUAAAGGUUUCACUCCUGAUAAGCUUCCGCCCAGCAGCUGUGUGAUGGUGCCAGAGCUCCACCCGCCCAGCCCUGCCAAGAAAUUCUUCACUAAAAUGGCCAAGAGCUUCUUUAGCAAGAAGAAGGCGGCUAAAGUGGAGAAGAUCCCAUUCGAGGAAAAAGAUGACACGGACAUUUCCAAGCUGGUGUCUGGCAUCGUUAAAUGUUCCAUCAACAGGCAGAUCAGCUCCAAGACGGUGGGACCCAACGAGGAGCCCGCUCCCCUCGGACCGCUGGUCGGCUCCGUGCCGCUGGAACCGACUCCCGCUGAGGAGGAAUCGAGGAAGUCAAUGUCUCGUUCCUUCAAGGCGACCACGGCCAGCAGCACAGAACCAUGCGAGGACGUCCUGACGCCUGCAGCUGUGUCUGCAUCUGCCUUGAAAGUUCUCAACGGCUGCCUGGCAACCAUGCCUGCAGCCACUAGAAACCCGCCCUGUUUGUCCAGGCCCCAGUCCUUCCUGUGGGUCACUAAAUGGGUCGACUACUCAAACAAAUAUGGUUUCGGCUACCAGCUCUCGAACCAAAGCAUCGGUGUGCUCUUCAACGAGGGAACCCGUCUCAGUCUUUGUGACCAACGCAAGACGGUCCACUACUGCUUUCCCAACAACAAACACUUCACAUUCCCUGCCAACGCUCUACCUGAGCAGCUUCACGGCCAGAAACAAAUUGUGGAUCUCAUGGCGAACUACAUGGAGCAAAACCUUAUGGAGGGAGGAGAUCUGCACUGUGAGGAUCAGGUCUCGGGUUGUCCUCCCCUGCUGCUCCAGUGGGUGAAGACGGACCAUGCUCUUGUCAUGCUCUUCAACAAUGGCACAUUACAGGUCAACUUCUACGCAGACCACACCAAGAUCAUCCUGUGCAAGUCGUCCGACGACUCCUAUCUGCUCACCUACAUCAGCCGCGAGCGCGUCUCGUGCACCUACCUGCUCAGCAUGCUGAACGAGAUGGGCUGCACCUCGGAGCUGAGGCACCGACUGCGAUACGUGGUCCAGCUGCUCCAACACCACGCCGACGCCUGAGGGCUCGGUGCAGAAGCCUUCGAGGCAGCCCGGCUGGUUGAUGACAUUUCUCAAGGCAGCGCCGAGCCGACGCCUGUUCAGUUGACGGAUGGAAGGCUGCUCGCGGGAGUCGAACAAAUAUUCGUUUCUGAACUGGUACAGAUGGGUUUUUUUUUUUUUCUCCAGAUUGAUUGACCUUGAUAAACAUCAAGCAGUCAGGAAGUUCUGCCUCGAGGUUUUGUGUCUGUCCAGCUUAUGCCUCAAAGGUAUCAUCCACCCGGAAGGUAUUGAUACCUAAUAAUAAUAUAAGACUCCUACCUGACAUGAUGGAUCUCUCCCAGGCAGAUGCCGAAAUGAACUCUUCAAUUACCUUCCCUCACUCUCAGAACCGCUGCUUCAUUUCAGCUUCCCCCGAUAGCCGAUAAUCCAGGCAUGGUUUCUCAAAGGUAUCUAAACACUAACAUUGUCUUAUUUACUUGCAACAGAACAAGGAUAAACUUGGAGCUGGAAUAGAUUUUAGGCUCUUGUUUUCCAAAAGUGUUUUGGCAGCAAGGUCACUUACAAAGUUCUUUCAUUGGAACUGAUCUUCCAGCAGAGUUGCUUUGGGAGAGCUGUGGUUUGAUUGGAGAAGGAGAUCCUUCCUACCCUCGGUUAGUUUCCGGCCUGUUUGGACAAUGGCGCACCAUUUUUUUGUAAUACAGAUUUGAGGCAACUCAAGGAUCACACUUUGACCUUGACCUUGCAUGCACAAAUGACAUUCCUGGCCUUAUUUUGAUGAUGGUGAUGCUAAGGCCUCUUCUGAUCCAACAUCACUUUGUCUGUCUGUUGUUAAACACAUGUCACUGUGGUACACGACAUACUGAAGGGGCUAUGGGAGCAACACUUUUGCACUUUUUUUGUUCUAAAUUAAUCUGGAAAGUGAAACAUUUUACUACCACAUGUUAUAUUUUAUUCAUUUUUAACUAGAUUCCAAAAGGCAUUUUUUUCUUGUUGGUUUUUAACAAUGAUUCAGUUUUAAAUUCACGAUACAGUAGUUGUGUGUGUGUGUGCGCCACACGUGCUGGUCAACCAAACUGUUGGUUGGAAAAUGAGGGGAUGGGGGAGGGGGUAAAAGUGCCUUGCUGAGGGAUGUCUGUAGAGUGCAAUAACGACCCUGUGUGAAUGUCGAGCUGGAUACAAGCGAGAUGGGUUUUACAGGUGGGAUCUACUUUAGUACUUUAAACAAGGUUUUGCAGUAAGUCCAUUAGCACUACACUCACUACCUGGUAUAAGCUUUUAGAACAACUGGCAUCAGUGUAUAUAUCCCAGUAAUAUCUACAAAGGACAAAAGAAAACGUUUUACUGUAAUCCCUAUCUGUUUACAUUGCUUUCUUGACCUAGAGUUGUAUCCUAAAAACUGUGAUCUGGAAUGCAAGUAUUACGUACAUGUGUUUUUCAAAAAACCCAACAUUGUGAACGCCAUCUGCCAAAUCAGAAGAGUCUUUAUUUUUUGGCACAUAAUGUCCUGUUUAUUUAUUUUUUUAUUUAUACGUGUUUUUUAUUUAUUGUUUAAAUGUUACGGUCUUGACACAAGAAAAUGUUCAAUUCCGAUCACCUUUUGUAUGCAACCUAUUUGGGGGGGGGGAAAUGGGACAAGAAUAAAGUUUAUUGAAAAUGAA